UGACAGAAGAGACGUUAUCCGUGUAAGCUUUGUGACUGCCGUAAUACAGUAGAAUCUUGUAUGAUAUUAAGAUCUGUAUCACACAAUAGACAAAAUGCAGCUCAUCUUUGUCAUAUCUUUUGUGAUUCUAAUGUUCGUAACAUGGACGUUUGAACUGCAUCCCAGGCGGCGUUCUAGUAGAACGCAGAACAAUAUGAAUAAAAAUCAGAAAAAUCUUCGAAUCAAUCAACCAACGAACAUGGAGGAGUACGAUUACGCCUUAAUGAUUUCGUUAUGGUUUUUUCAAGCACAGCGUUCUGGUAAGAUGCCGUCAAACAACAGGAUUGGAUUUCGACACGAUUCCAUGUUGCACGAUCACGGCUAUUUUGGAGAAGAUUUAAGCGGAGGAUAUUAUUAUUCCGGAAUCUCGUAUGUUAAAUAUGUUUUCCCGACGGCUUUCACGACGACGUUGUUGGCAUGGGGAGUGCUUACCUGGACGCAAGCUUAUAGACAAGCGCACCAAUUGAAAACAAUUCGUCAAGACAUCAAAUGGGCUACUGAUUAUUUCAUAAAAUGUCAUCCACAAGAAGAAUUAUUUUAUAUACAAGUAGGUGAUGAAAUGUAUGAACGUAGGAUAUUUGGGAGACCAGAAAACGUAGAGUACCACAGACCAGCGUACGCGGCUAAUUCUUCCCAUCCUGCAACUGAUAUUCUCAGUGAAACGACUGCCGCGUUGGCAGCCGCGAGCAUUGUGUUCAAAGACAUUUUUAACGAUACGCAUUACAGCAACGUGUGUCUCACUCAUGCCAAACAAUUAUACAAAUUUGCAAUGAAAUACCGAGGCUCUCAUUACAAAUGGAUGCCUAAUAUUUACAGUUACGAAAUAAAUAGUUAUAGCUAUCACGACGAUCUGACAUGGGCUGCUCUGUGGCUCUACAGAGCAACCAGACUCAAAUGGUAUUUGGCGGAUGCUGAAGACAUGUACGCGAGGUACGAGCUGGCUACUAAUAAUGUAAUAUUCAACUAUUACAACAAAGUACCCGGUAUUGAGAUGAUGUUCACCGAGUUGACAAUAAAUUCAGCGCAUGAGAAUGCGGUGAAAAACUAUCUUAACACAGUGAUAAAUAAGAUAAUACGCACGGGAAAGGGACUUGCGUUUUUCUCUGACACUGAUACUCUUCCUCUUGCAGCUAAUGCAGCCUUUCUCUGCUUGAUAGCGGCAUCUUCUAAUGUAGAACACUCGGACGAACCUUACGCUUUUGCUAAAGAACAAAUUGAUUAUAUUCUAGGCAUAAAAACAGGAAGAAGCUACGUAGUCGGAUUUAGCAGUAGCUCACCAACUCACAUAUCUCACAAAGCGUCUUCGUGUCCAAGGAUGCCACGUAACUGCGGUAUUAGGGAAAUAACGAGCAAUGAGUCAAAUUAUCAGGUUCUUUACGGGGCAUUGGUUAAUGGACCGGAAAAGAAUGACGUUUUCGUCGAUGUUAGAUUUAGAGAAGAGGGUAAAUCACAUACGAAGGUUCGCAUAGACUACAACGCUGGAUUUACUGGCGCGCUCGCUGGAUUGUUGCAAUCAGACAUCAACUGGAACAGUAGUACUUCUCUUAACCAGCAUUAUAAUUCUUAUGACACGGUAUAUAACAAGAAUGGUAACAGUUCGUGGUCUAGGAGUAGCAUAACAAGAAUGUUAACGUAAAAAGAUUUACGUUUUUAAGCGAGGAAAUUGCUUCAAGUUUAGCCCGACAGAUUUGUUUUUUUUUUUUUUUUUUUUUAUUUUUUAUCAGUCUGAUUUGUACGCUGUAAAUCAGAUUGCGAGUACGCGUAAGAAGACACUGAAUUAUCGAAGCGCUUCAACGUUUUUAUUUUUUUUACGAGGACAGCCACAAACUGCUUUUUGCACAAGUUACAAGUUCUGUAAAAGUUCUAGCGAUACAUAUACCAUAAAGCGGGAUGUUGUCUGACAAUGAGUAAAUUACA